CUCUCUCUCUCUCUACUGAAGUCUGAAAUGGAGUGCAGUGACGCAAAAUCCGGUCCAACUUCAAUCAUCCUCCGGUCUCAGUCGCCGCCGCCGCCGCCGCCACCUUGUGUCCAGGCCGGCGUCGUCGUCACUCCGUGUGCGGCGUGCAAGAUUCUGCGGCGGAGAUGCGCAGAGAAAUGCGUAUUGGCGCCUUAUUUCCCUCCCUCUGAUCCUCUCAAGUUCACCAUUGCUCACCGUGUCUUCGGUGCUAGCAAUAUCAUCAAAUUGCUUCAGGAUCUUCCCGAAUCACAAAGAGCUGAUGCAGUGAGUAGUUUGGUGUAUGAAGCAAGUGCAAGAAUCAGAGAUCCAGUCUACGGGUGUGCAGGGGCCAUUUGCCAUCUCCAAAAACAGAUAAACGAACUGCAAGCAGAGGUAGCCAAGACACAUGCUGAGCUUGUCAACAUGCAGUGCCACCAAGCCAAUUUGGUGGCUCUAAUUUGCAAGGAAUUAACUCAAACGCCCGCACCAACACCACCACCGCCUGACCACUGCUCACUUGACAACAAUUUCAGCUCUGCCACUCCUCAGAGCUACCCUUUGUUUGAUGAUAGCAAUAUCUGGGAGGCUCUUUGGACAUGAAAAAGAAAACACUUGGACAAUGGCUGGAAUGGGGAGGAAAGAUUAGUCAAAGCUGAUUGAAAGCUUAGUACUUAGUAGUUGAAUAUUGGGUAAUAUUAGCGUGUUGUUAGGUUAGAUGGGUUCCUCAUUUGCUCCCUUAAAACCAAGAAAAGUGGAGUGAAGACAAUGGAAUGAUGUUUACAACACUAGAGUAGUGCCAAAAAUAUUAAAUCUUAGUAUAUAUCCUUUUCCUUUUUUUCUCUUUAGGUUACCUACCAUUAACUUCUAACAUUCAUGUGUCAAGAAAAAGCAUAUCUUUGUCAA